AAUUUAACUGUCACAUUCGUUUUUACUCUAGUUUGUGCAUUGACUGGUGUUUGUUUAUGUUUAUAAAUUGAAAUAAAAUUUCUAUACACUAUAAUCUUAUCGUAAGAAAAGUUAUAGAAUUUUGUGUCAUUAAUUUACACAUUCUGUUAUACAUCUUAAAAUUUCAGGUUAAGAAGAAAAAGAUGCGGAUCGUUUUGUUAUAAAAUAUGAUGCUUCUCAUGAAAUUAGUGAUUUAUGUAUAAAAAUCACUUUUGACUUGACGUUGACGAAUCAGUAUUCUCUUUUAUAUGAGGUUAAAGAACUGGCAUUUCCGAUGUUCGGCAUGAAUUGAUUUUGAACAUGUGGAAUGAUUUUGAACAUAAUACAAGGUACAUUGAAUGUAAAGACAAAAAUAUCACAUUGUAUGAACCAAAAAUUGGACAUGGUAGAUAUGCUACAGUUUAUAAAGGUGAGUGGAGCUAUGGCAAUAUCAAGGAGAUUGUUGCUAUUAAAAUUCAACAUAAAGAAAAAGAGAUUAAAACUAGAGCUAUUCAACAAAAGGAACUGGUGAAGAAAGAAAUUACAUUGCAUGAAAAGCUUAACCAUCCUUCCAUUGUCAAGCUGAAAGAUUCGUUUGAAGAUAAGAACAAUUAUUAUAUUGUUUUAGAAUAUUGUGACUCAGGAACACUGGACGAAUACCUAAAAAGAAACAAUAUCCUGUGUGAAAAUGAAGUUUAUGAAAUUAUGAAGCAAGUAGUUGAUGGGCUAAAGUAUUUGCAUAGCAGGAAAAUUAUACAUCGAGAUCUUUCUCUUAAAAAUAUAUUGCUAACAAAAGACUAUAAAACUAAAGAGCUGAAAGUGAAAAUUGCUGAUUUUGGUUGUUCGACAGAAUUAAAAACAUUAGAUGAAACAAAAAAGACAGUAGUUGGAACACCAGUAUGCAUGUCACCGGAAGUAGUGAUUGGCACUGAGUACAGCUUUGGGAUUGAUAUUUGGAGUUUAGGAGUUAUUUUUUAUACAUUAUUGUUUGGAGAUUUUCCAAUUAAAGGACAGUCUAUGCAGGAAGUGUUAACAGAAAUUGUUUUGACGAGACUAAAAAUACCUUCUACAAGCAAUGCUGAAGCACGAAAGUUACUUUGUCUUUUGUUAAAUAAGAAUUCUGAAAGGAGACCUGAUAUUUAUAAAAUAUCAAAUCACAUAUAUUUUAAUAAUGAUAAAAAACAUGAGUAUUCAUCAGAAACACAAGGUCAAGCAAGGUCAAGCAAACACAAGAGGGGCGGUAUUGGUGCUAAUUUUUCGCCAACAUUUUUCAAUCUGUUACAAUCUGGAAUUACAGAUAGUGGGAUUUCAUCAAAUAAUGAGUGCUAUCAACCUAAACAGAGACCUAUGAAAAUCAUUGCUAAGAACUCUUGGGAAGAUACAAGAAGCUGUCUUUAUAAAAGAAUGAGUUUUAGUAAUCCAGAUCUUGUCACCAGGGAAGAGAGUCCUUCCCACUUUCUCUCAACUGGAGCUUCAUAUGCAUCUAAUUCUACUAGAAAGUCCCAAUGUAAACGAACCUUAGAAGAUGUCAUUGCAGUAGAAGAUCGACGAAAAUUUAUAAUUGAUACAAUACGACUGCCACCUUGUGAACUGAAAAAAAAAAACGCCAUUUAUAAAAUUAAUGCUGAAGGCCAAGCUAUUGCAGAGUAUUACAAAGUGAUACAACAGGAAAAAUAUAUAAAAUACAUUCUUACUGUUGACCCAGAAGGAGAGUAUGUAGGUGUUUUUGAUCCAGAAGACAGAAAUUAUACCACGGAUGACGUUCCAGAUUUUCCUAAAAAAAAAUUAUAUUCCUUUAUAGACUUACCUGAUAAAUAUUGGGAAAAGUAUAAAUUUAUCAAAAGAUUUGUUGAUUGCAAAAGAGCGAAGACACCUAAGAUAAUUAUUUAUACAAAAACAGCUAAGUGCUCAAUGAUGGAAAACUUUCCAGAUCCUAACUUUGAAUUAAAGUUUAGUGAAGGUUGGAGUAUUAUAAAAGAAAGAUCAGGAAUCUUUAAACUACAAAAUAAAGUAAAGGAAACUGUUGCAAAGAAAAAUGUUGCUCAGAAAUAUUUAAAUUUGUUUAACGAAAUGACAAAGCUGUGUAAUUUUUUUCAUGAAUAUUUAAAGCCAUUAGAACGAAAUAAUGAAGUUGAUGAAACAAUUCUCUUUCCUGCUAUUUUUGGAGACAAGGCUGCAUUUUUUCAAGCUCUUAAGAAUUCUACUGAUGAGCAUUGUAUGAGUGGAAAAAAUAAACGAGUAUUACAGUUUUCAAACAGUCAUUCAGUAAACUCAUGGGAACAAAAAGAUACAAUUAAUUAUAAAAAGUAUAAAGAAAUUUUUCAUCGUGACAUCAAGAAUUCAGUUGCAGCUGUGCAUGAUUGUGGUGAUUAUGUUUCUAUAGAAUAUAAAGAUGGCUUCGAACUUAGAAGUUAUAUUUAUGGAGAAGAGGCUAUGUUCUAUAGCUCCAAAACAGGAGAAAGGUUUACCAAAUGGAAAGAAAAUCCCCUCUUGAUGAAGAGAGUUAAGCAAGAUUUGAAAAUUAUAUUAAUUUUGAUUGAACACAAUCGAUCUAAAGAAAAUGGGCAGAUUACUUGAUUAAAUAUACAACUUUACCAUAUCGAUUUUUAAAAAGACCAGAUUUUUUUUAAAAUCAAAAUUUUUGUACUGGACUGUCAAUUCUGAUUUAAAAAGAUUGAAACAAUUAUAUUUUUCGAAUUAGUAUUGAUUUAAAAAUUUGUAAAUGCUUUAUUAAAUAUUACAUAAAAUAAUAAAUAAUUUUUAGUAUGCUUUCAAGUUGGUCAAAUGGUACACUUUUAUAGAUAGUUUUUAUCAAAAAUGCUAUUUUCUUAAACAUAAAUUAUAAUUUUCAUAUGUUUUAUUUCUGUUCCCAAACAUUUCGCCUUAUGAAACCCUUUUAGAAAUCAAUUUCUGUUUGUAUCUGAUAUACUACUGACAAAAUAAAUUACAUUAUAAAAAUUACCUAAUGUUUAUAAAUAUUAUAUUAUGUAUGUUCUACAGUGAUGACCUAUAAAUUUAAUUAAUGCCCUGUAAAGUUCUCCGUUGGUCUUCAGGAAGUGAUCUUCCUCUGACAAUAUACAACUUGGUUCAGGAGUUAAGGAGUGAUUGUAAGCAAGAGGCAGAACCCACUAGUUAAUUUUUUUUUAAUGUACUUACUUAGAGUUCUUUAUUUCGUUUUGAUUGGUUCUAUUGUAAAAAUAUCCCAUUUACAUUAAAAACCUGCUCUGUUAAUUAUUUAAUUGAUAUACCUGGGUAUAUUCCAUGUUAUAUAUAAACAUAGCUGAUAUGUUGACUAGUAAAAGUGGUAGUUUUAUUUUGGUGGUACUAUCUCUCCUCUAAUUUUAUAUAUUUAAUUUUUCUCUGCCCUGGUAUUGGAAGGAAUGAACAAGAAUAAGUGGACUUACUUUUCGUAUUAUAUCAAAAAGUAUUUUUUUUUUUUAAGUAUAAAAAAAAAUAAUUAGAUACAAUGUGUACCAUAAAAGCAACAAAAAAAUUAAACAAAGUUUUUUAAGAAUGAACACUCUCCACGUAACGUCGGAUCGGAAACAACAUUGAGAGGUUGAAAGUUACGAAACUACUACCCAUGCAAGUCAAGAUUAGGUUGAAAAACAAUGACAAAAGAUCAGGCAUGGAAUUUUUCUGUUAAUUCUGGGAAAUCGAGUUAAAAGAACCAAAUUUUUUGAUUAAAAGUUGCAGUUGUGUUCAAAGUAUUACAGUAUUAUGUUCAAUGUAUAAUUUGUUUUCAUCAUUUAACAGGAUUUAAUUUUGUUGAAUGAAUAUAUAUCAGGGUUGCCACAGGUGACUAAAAUGCAACUAUUUACAACUAUUUUCAGCAUAAAGCGACUAUGGCAACUUUUUUUUGCCUGAAAAGACUAAAAAAGCAACUAUUUUCAGGAAAAGGAGACUAUUAGGAAACUUUUCUGUACUCCUAGCAAUGUUUUUUUUUAGCAUAAUUGGGUUGAAAACCUGCAGCCCGCGAAAUCUUCUGAAGACGCUGAAUUUCUUUUCUUAGGAAAUGUAAAAUAAAAAUAAUAAAAUUU